AUGAGCAUGGGCCCUGUAAAGGACCCAAAACCUCUGAAAAAUGUGAACGCUGAGAGUUCUUGGAAUUAUGAAGACCAAGACUCCUGGGAAGGUGAAUGCACCACGGGCAAAGAACAGUCGCCGAUUAACCUCGAGUCCGCAAAGGCAAUUCGCGACGAUCGCGGCAACUUCAUCAAAGGUCCUCUGGUUUUUAUGGGCUACGAGAAUGUGACAGUCCUCGCCGAGAAUAACGGACAUACUUUGCAAUGGAAUGUGGAGAACAGGCGGCAGGCACCAGUGGUAUCUGGCGGUCCACUACGGGGGAACUACAGCUUGUUGCAGUUCCAUCUACACUGGAUCUCGGAACACGCCGUUGAUGGACGCAAGUACGCUCUGGAAAUCCAUUUCGUACACAUCAAAGCUGGUUUAACUAUGGAAGAGGCUUCGAUGCGACCUGAUGGCUUGGCCGUAGUUACUACAUUGUGUGAGGUCUACUCAUCCACUGAUAAGCUCAUCGCAGCAGCGUACGAGUACCCACUGGAAGAAAUCAUGGAACAGGUGCCUGAACUCCGCAACAGCACCGGACGUCUUCCACCCAAGAAUAUAGAUAUUAGGCGACUGUUCAGCCCGAGAACUCAAAUGUACUACACAUACCACGGGUCGCUGACCACACCGCCAUGCGCCGAGGUGGUCACCUGGAUCGUGAUGGACAUCCCACUCAUUAUUGCUGACACGCAGAUCAAACUGAUUCACGAAACGGAGAUCGGCGGCGACUCUGACAACUUCCGCGAGCUACAACCCACUAAUCGUGUAGUGUAUCGGUCCAGAGGGAAUGCGUUCCCUGCCAAUGCUUCGGUCCUUCUCACCACGUCUCUGGCUUGGCUCGCUUCGGAGAUGAAGAAAGGCAUCUGCGCUGUUAUUAAUAAAAGGAAGAUGUUCUUUGGGGAAAUGCGAAAGAACUGCAUGGAAGUUACUGUCAAAUACUAGUUAUGUUGAAAAUGAAAUCGUAUUUCUUUGUUCUAAUAAAAAGUUCGUCGAUAUUAUAUUCGUAAGCCUAAAAAAAGCAAAGAAUUGAUUGUAUCUCACAAUUUGAUGAUUAGUUUCGACGUAGUAUUAUAAGAGAAGUAUGGUAACUCCAAACAAACGUAGCAGCGCGGCUUGUAUGUGUGUACAUCCUCCGCGCGCAGUGUGAGACGUCAUUCAUUCGUAUAAUCUCGCAGUGCACUCGCGUUGCGUAGCGCGGGUUGUCACACACGCCAUAGAUAAUAAUAAGCAUAGAAGCAGUCGAUCGUGUCUAAAUAAAUUACAUCAAAUAGUAGACUGUUACUGAAAUUCUUCAAGACUCAAAUUCAUUUGUUUAGCAUUUCAUUACAUUUCGUUAAUGCGCAAUGCGCAACAAGAAGUGGGCAUGCCUACAGCUCCGAUACCUGUCUGGAAAACAGAGAGGGUGCUGUACGUGCACCCGGGGCAGCUCACCCAAAGUAAGCCUUUUGAGAACCGGAUGAAUUCUGUGCACAUGGACUGAUUGUGAUCAGGAGCUGACUGAGAAGCUCCCUGUGCUUGCACAGGUUAUAGUGCCCUUCUCGUAUACCCUAAGGGUCGGUAGGGUCACUAUAAUCAAAACUUAUGUAGAAAGGAACGGCUUGUUCAGCAUUUCACUUCUAUUUCAUAAUCAUACUCUCUAAGAUGCCAAUCCGUGAUGCUGGUAUAAAAAAUACCAAUAUGUCAGUACCUACUACAUUUAACAGUUAUUUCAAUGUAGCACUUACAGAAUACAUGAUGAACAACUUUUUUUUUCAAAUUAAGUUUACAACCUGUAAUUCCAACUAAAAUAAUGAUGCAACAACCCUACUACGCUCCAAACGAAGUGUAGGCAUUUACGCACCGAAGUUGCCCUACUUGUCUUUUUAUACUUUGGUUUCGACGAUCUUGCAUCAACCAAGACAUUCUUCGUAGAGAGAAAGCAGCAAUUGUGGCAGUUGUCAUCUGUUUAUUCGGUAUACGAAUCUAAUUGAUUCAGUUUAGUAUAGAAUAAGAUCUACUUACUGCCUUCUUCUUUAUACAUUGUUUCCAUUUGUUCUGUACAGAUUUUAAAGGUUAUUUUAUUUUCUAAAUGAUCGCCUUCUGCCGUGAGGUCAUUUAAACAAAGCUAACAAAAUGUAUAGGACUUUGGCCUAAGAAUAUCAAACAUUUCAAAUUCAUAGCAUUGCGAUUAUUAUAUUUAAAAUUUUAUAAGACUUACGAUUUAUUAGAAGGUUCUCUAUUAACCGGCUAAGAGAAAAAGGUAUUUGAUUUUAUAUCUAAGUUAUUGUCUAAGAGCACCUUCAAAUUAGACGCUUAUAGAAGCACUGUCGCACCACUGUAGCGCUUCUAGAAGCAUCUAGUUUGAGGGCGCACUAAUGCUGGCUUCCCAUGGUCCGUGGGCUCAAAUGCGCCAAUUUGAAGGGGCAAGCUCGCCUGUCAGGCGAGCUCGCGCCACGGGCGAAUCUGGGCGGCGGAAUCGGGCUUACGCGCGUGGCGAACCGUAUUUUCUGGUAUGUGUCGAAAGAAAACACGGCGAAUCCUAACGGGCCGCCACGAGCGAGCACGGGCCGGGUAGUCGCCUUUAGUGUUCGCCCACCACAAGUAUUCACAAAUGCAAGUGUAAUUUUCCUUCGACGUCUUCAGACUUUCGUUUUAACGAUUUUUAUUUGACAAUUUUAUUUAAAAUUUACGUAAUUUUAUUCUAGUCAGAAAUGUUUCGAAACUCGUUUUUAUCAUUCUAUUAAUAGUAGAUUGUACAACAAGUGCAUAAAACGCGUCAUUUUACCCGAGACGAGUAUAUAGGUGAAUGAGUUAUGCGUACACUCUGCUUUUCACUUCGAUUGCGAGGAAAUUAAACAGCAAU